GGGGAGCGGGGGCUCCGGUGCGGGGUGAGGCAGCGGCCCCGCUCCCGUGGCAGUGGCAGCAGCGAGCGGAGCGCGGAUCCGGCGGGAGGUGCAGGAUUACUACGGCAAAGAGCUGCAGAAAUCGGAGGACCUGAAAACCAAUGCAUGCGUCACCUCGGCCAGGCCCCUUCCCAAGGCUGUGAGAGAUGCUCUGGAACGUGUCCAUGAGGAGGUGGUGGCCAGGUACUACGGCUGCGGUCUGGUGAUCCCGGAGUGCUUGGCAUCAUGCCGGAUCCUGGACCUGGGCAGCGGCAGCGGCAGAGACUGCUACCUGCUCAGCCAGCUGGUUGGGGAGCGGGGCCACAUCACUGGGAUAGACAUGACCGAGGGCCAGGUACAGCAGGACACUGCCACCACAAGCUCCUCUGCUGCCCGGGAACACAGGCUGGGGUCCAGGUCUACGUCCCACCAGGUCACCCACUUCAGGACUACACGUUAAGAAAGGGGAAAUCCCAACACAGAGUCUGGGCUAGAACCUGGGAAUGUAGAAACUGCCCUUUUCACGGUCAGAUAGGCAUUUGUAAAUCCUGCAUGAAGCAAUGGGACAAGCAGCAGCCAGUGGUGCGAGUGCAUGAGUGGGCACAAAUGAGCCUCGGCCUCCUCCUCCACAGCUCCAACUGCGUGAUCAACCUCACCCCUGACAAGAGGGCUGUGCUGCGGGAGGCUUAUCGCGUGCUGAAGCCUGGAGGAGAGAUGUACUUCAGUGAUGUCUACGCCAGCCAGCAGCUGAGCGAGGCAGUCCGGAAGCACAGGGUGCUGUGGGGGGAAUGCCUGGCGGGAGCCCUGUAUUGGAGAGACCUGUACAGCAUUGCUGAGGAGGUGGGGUUCAGCCCCCCAUGCCUGGUCACUGCCAGCCCCAUUACCAUUGGCAACAAGGAGUUGGAAGACAUCAUUGGUGACUGCUGCUUCGUCUCUGCGACUUUCCGCUUGUUCAAGGUGCCAGGGAGCAUCCAGGCCACACCGGGACAAGUCAUCUACAAUGGUGGGAUUGUGGGGCACGAGCAAGAGCUGGUGUUUGAUGCCAACUUUACUUUCAAGGAAGGAGAGGUGGUGGAUGUGGAUGCUGAAAUGGCUGCGAUCUUGCAAAGCUCUAGAUUUGCGGAGGAGUUCCUGAUCCGAGCUGGCGGGGCUAAGGCUGCCGCACUGCAGGGCUGCUGUCGCAAGGCUGUGAAGGAGAAGAUCCGUGAUCCCUUCCAGCUGCUGGAGCGGCUGGUGGACCCAGGUCCUGCCUGCCACCCUGGUGGAACCUGUGGUCCCCAGGGAUGCUGCUGAGUGGUGAGUGGUGAGUGAUGCCUCAGCACUGGAAGAUGACAGCGGAGCAGGAGGAUGUGGCCCCAGAAGCGUAUGGCUUUUGUGAGAGAGCAAAUAAAUGACCA